AUGGCGCCGGCCCUCUCUCGCGAGCUUAUCGCCGUCCUCACCUCUCCACAAACAACACUAAACCAAGCCGCAGAUGCCAUUGAAGAGCAUAUCAUGUACAGGCGCGCCAAGGGCGACACGCUGCUUGGCGUGGCCAGCAGCCUGCAUAGCAUGGAGAGCAGAUCCGCCCGUCUCGCCCCGGCAAUCCGCCAGGCGCAGUAUGCGACUAACGUCCCACCAUCGGCGGACCUGAACGCGCCUGUAGGGAGCGGAUCGCUUGCCAGCGCAUCAACAACACCGCAGGCAGUCCUCAACUACCUCCUGUCGUCCCCAGCACCUUCCCUUCUGACAGCUCGCAAAGUGAUCCUCGAGUAUGUGCUUAAUCGGGAAGCACGGCUGCGUGAGAAGAAGCACGGCAUCGGCGGCAAGGGCACGCUUGGGCGAGACGGUUUCGAAGAGAUCGGAGCCCGCCUUGGUGAAAUCGAGGACGGGUUGCGCGGCACAGGUGUGCUCGUUGGUGCCCACGCCGCAGCCGUGCCUGCUGUUCCCGACGAGGAGCUUGACGACCCCCGCAAAAUGGGCCUCGCCCUUAUUCUCUCCCUCCGGAUGCUCUUAUCGUACUUUACCCUCCCUGACCUCGCGCGGCAGCUGCUACUCCAGCAUCCAACGGACGCAGAACGAACAUUGGUUCAGCACAUCCGUCGGCGCCUUCCGGGAGAAGGGCGAUACAAUGUCGGGCGCGAGCUUGAGUUUGUUGAAAGUCUGACGCUGAACCGCCGGCCUGCGCUGCGGCCCGCAUUCCGCUCUGCUCGAGCGCGUACGUAUCUUGCGGACCGUGCCCUAUACCCGAUCUCGUUGCCUGCGCCCUCCAAAUCGGCGUGUAUCAAGCUCCUCGCCGCGUUUAUUCGCGACGUUGACGAGGCUGGCCCGAACGCUGCACAGUCGUACAUGCAGGCGCCGCCCCUAAGUCACACCUUUUCUGUCACUGGCGGGUCACCCAGGGAAACCUCGUCCAGCGCCGGAUACCGCAUGAGGAAGGCUACGACUGGAUCACCAAUAUCGACUCACACGUUGUCACCAGGGUCCCCAUCCAGAACGUCUCAUCUCCCAUUGCCGCAUGAUCCUUCCCCACUGGAGAGCUACGCUCUUGAGCUCAUCUCCGAGUUUGUGACGCGCGAGAAGCGCGAUUACAUGCUCAAGAACAAGUGGGUUAAGACGGGGCGUGAGCACCUCGGCAAAGACAUCGCCGACAUGGAGUCGAUACUGUGUGUCGUGGGCAAAUCGUACCCCGGUCCGCACGCACCUAGUCUCAUGCCGAUAUUCCUCCAAGUUCGCCGAACGUUCGCGCUUCCGCCUACGUCUCUAGCGCAGAAGAUCGUGGAGCCAUUCUACGACAUGCUCCAAUCCCCUCCUGACCCAGACUCGGUUCCCCUGCGUGAGCCGAGCGUGAGUAGCACGACUGCGUCGCUCUACGUCAACCCACGUCUUCCAGACGCCGAUGCUCUGGAUCUCAUUGAGGAACUUCUUGAGAAUGAGCGGGAGAAGGGUAUCAACGCCGAUGUCACGCACGAGAAGACAAUCGCUUGGUUGGAGGGAUUGAUCGGCCAGAUGGUCAAGAGGUUCCCUGAUGGCUCGUAUGAGACUGUCUUUGACCAGGCGAGAUACCUGGCGGCGCAUCCUCGUGUGUGGCCUGACGCAGCCAAUUCCAGUGCCAACCCCGAACACCCACUGAUGGCUGGAAGCAGCGGAGGCGAGUUCAAUCACCGCCGCUCCAAGUCGUCCGCCCUCCCAUCGCCAGACACGCCUAACAUGCCAAGGUUCAGCCAGGAGACGAUGUCCAGUGUAGGUGGGCAUAAGAGGUCGGCCAGCAUGCCGAUGGGCUCUGGCUCGGUCACGGACGAGGGCUCGCGUCAGUCGGCGAGACUGUCGUCGGUUGGCAGCGAGACCAGCUACAACCACUGGGCUCCAAUAGAGGCGCAAAGGGCGGUCGCGUCGCCCCCGAUGUCGCCAAGUCAGGACGUCACCGAGGAGAGCUUGCACAAAGGGGCGCACGAAGGAGUCACCAACGGCAUCGAUAUGGAAGGGCUUGGGCUAUUGGGCUUUGCUGCGUCAAGCUCGGUCACCCGCGCCAACGCUCCGCCAAUGCUCAACCUGUACGUUCCUGGUCCCGAGCUCGACAUAGGGUCAUCGCUGGACACUCCGUCGCCCCGACAACCGAUGAGUGGCGGUGGCAUGUCGAACAAGUCGGGGUCGAGCGGCAACGGCGGCUGGUGGGAUGUCAUCUCGCCCACUUCCGGGUCGCCGGGCGCUCCGAAGGUUUGGGAACAACCCAAGAGCCCGUCUGGACGAUCCUCUCUGAGCCCAACCGGUCUAAGACACGACCUGAGUGCAUCGACUGCUUCGUCAUUGGCGCCACCGCCACAGGCUAUAGCCGAGGAGGUGACGUCGACAAGCACACCGCCCAAAGCCCCGCUCCCUGGCGACUCGCCAAUGACGCCGCAGAUGGAGGCCCGCAUCGCCAUGUUAAUGAAUCCGGAGGUUGACGUCGAUGCGACUCCCAAGGCGCCCGCAGAAAUGCCGCGCAUGCAGAGGCCGGAGAUGUCGACAGCGGCCAUGGAGGCACUGGCUAAACUCGAGGGCGUGCAGCUGCACGACGAGUCGUUGGCCAAGUUGGAAGGAGCGCACAAGACGAAGCCGUCUGCGGGAUCAAUUGCCAUUCCCGAGUCGAAGGUCGGGGGCCAGAGCGCGGAGCGCGCUGAGCCGAAAGCGAACCCUUCUUCUUCGUCCAAGUCGUUCAAGGAAUCGCCUCCUCCGGUGCCCAAGCCCCGCCCCCCGACCCCCGAGGACGACCUCUACGCGCGUCUAGACUUUGUGCCCAUGGACUACAACCCGAUGCACAGCAAGCCAGUGUCGCGCCAGGCUGGACCGGUGUGGCCGAACAAGAUGUCGGAGGCGGACCGCCUUGCGCGCUCGAAUACGAAGCGCUCGCCUGCGAGCGCAAAGCCGAACGGAGGAUCGCCCGUGUGGCCGCGACGUAAGCCAUCAGACGCUCACGCUCUGGCACUUCAGACCGUCGGGGAGUCUGGCGACUCGAGUGGGCCUGCUAGUGCCCCGAUAAGAAGCUCAGAUGCUCCCUGGCACAGUGAGGAGCACGGCUCGCUCGCACAGUCGGCAACUCAGGGCAAGCGCCCCUCGCCGUCGCCAGGCAGCAGCCGGGCUGCCCUCCCGAGCGCGAGUGGUACGACGCGUCGCUCGCAGGAGGCCCAACGCGACUCUGCCGACGGCGCCAAGUCCAAGUUUGGCGCGUUCCUGAACAGAAGUAUGACGCGGCGUGAGAAGGAGAAUACAGUCAACUCGUCGACGCUCUUGCAUCAGCAGAGCCGGCGCGGUACGCCGCCCGUCGCCAACAAGCCGGGACAGUGGAACCGUGACAUGGUGGCGGGUAUUAUGGGCCCGCCAGCCGAGCGUCGGCAGGUUUAG